CUUAGUCUAGGUGUCUGGGGCGUCCUCCACUGCUCCUCAAGACCAUGCAGGGGGGAGAGAAAGACUGGAGGCACCGACUGGUACUUUGUCAGUGGUCCACUCACUCAACUGCGUUAACAGGUUCACAAAUGUUGCUUAAUUUGGAAGUCCCGGAAGUUUAGGGUUAUCUGCGCGAUUGACUGACAGGGAGGCUGGGUGAAGCGGCAGACGUAGGAACGAAUCAACCCGGGACAUUACAAAAGCGAAAUAAAACACUACGCCAGAUUUGAUAGGGACCUAUAGAAGGACCAUCGCCAUGGAAACGCUAGUGCAGCGGCUGGAGCAGGCCGUGAUUCGUGUGGAGCAGGUGUCCAUCAACAUGCAGGUGUCCAAUGGCAUGGCCAACGGGGAAUGUAACGGGGUCAACGGAUGUCAGUCCCAGUGUAUGGAGGCCUUUGACCUGCUGCUGAUGGGGCCGUUGUCAGAGUACCUGAAGAAUAGCCGUGCCAUAGGAGAGGAUGUGGAGAAGCAUGCGGAGAUGGUGAACAACGCUCUGCAGCUUCAGAGAAGCUUCCUCAAAAUGGCCACCACACACCAGGAGCCUGCUCCGAUGGAGCUGGCUGACCUGCUAAAGCCCAUCUCAGAGAAGAUCCAGGAGAUUCAGAACUUCCGGGAGCGUAACCGUGGCAGUAGCCAAUUCAACCACCUAUCAGCUGUCAGCGAGAGCAUCCCAGCGCUGGGCUGGGUUGCUGUGAGCCAGAAGCCAGUUCCCUAUGUGAAGGAGAUGAAUGAUGCUGCCAUUUUCUACACUAACAGAGUUCUGAAAGACUAUAAAGACUCAGACAAGCGUCAUGUGGAGUGGGUGAGGUCCUACCUGUCCAUCUGGACUGAGCUCCAGGCCUUCAUUAAACAGCAUCACACAACAGGCCUGGUCUGGAGCAAGACUGGUCCCAUUGCGCCUCCCUCUCUGUUCACCCCUGCCCCUGGUUCCCUGCCCCCUCCACCACCUCCACCCCCUGGACCCCCACCAGUCUUCACAGGCGAACCGCCCCAGGCCGGCAGCACCACGGCCCAGCAUUCAGCUCUCUUCGCCCAGCUGAAUCAAGGAGAAGCCAUCACUAAAGCAUUAAAGCACAUCUCAAAGGACCAGAUGACCCAUAAGAACCCCUCCCUUCGCACCCAGGGAGGAGAGCAUCAUGCCUCCCCACCAAAGAGCCGAAACCCCGGAGGCUCCUCCAACAGAGCGCCUCCCCAGAAACGACCCCCCCUGCUGGAGCUGGAGGGGAAGAAAUGGAGGGUGGAGUACUUUGACCAGGCUCAUGACCUGGUUAUCGAGGAGCCAGAGCUGAGACAGGUGGCCUAUGUCUUCGGCUGCAGCAACUCUACUUUACAGAUAAAGGGAAAGAUCAACUCCAUCAUUGUGGAUAACUGUAAGAAGCUUGGUCUGGUGUUUGACAACGUUGUUGGCAUUGUGGAAGUCAUCAACUCUAAAGACAUUAAGUUGCAGGUGAUGGGUAGAGUUCCCACCAUGUCUAUCAACAAGACAGAGGGCUGCCAAGUCUACCUGAGUAAGGACGCUCUGGACUGUGAGAUUAUCAGCGCCAAGAGCUCUGAGAUGAACAUCCUGGUACCGCAGGACGAUGACUAUAGGGAGUUCCCAGUUCCUGAGCAGUUCAAGACGGUUUGGGACGGAUCCAAACUGGUGACAGAACCCACAGAGAUCGCUGGCUGAUCGCUGAUACUUAAUCAUCCUCAUCUCUCUCACACCCCCACUUAUUCCUCUUCCUCUCCUCCCUUUUCCCUCUACGUCAAAGAUUUCACAAACCCAUAUAGGCUGGCUAUUACAAGUAAUAAAAGGACAAACCAGACACUGUAACUGACUAGCUAGUAGUACUGUAGGUUGAUUGUAAGCCUGGUUGUAUCCAUUAAGAUGACUUUUUUCUCUGCACUUUGAAAUGGUAGAUUGUUAUGGAACUGUUUGUUCAGCUUAUUGGUUGCAUAGCACUCUCCUCCACAAAACUACUGUACUAUCCACAGAAUUAUGGUAGGUCUACUAUUUAAACACGCAGGCAGUAUUUGUCAGGUUUCGUCAUGUGUAGAACUAGUUAAACUUGCAAACUAGUUAAAAAGUUGCAUUCAAAUUUGGAAUAAAGAGGAAGUGUAGCCAUUAUGUUUAUCUGUUAAAUCUGCUGGUGCAAAAUAAGGUCAUUCUUAAACUAAGUAUCAUACUUACAUGUGUGUGCCAUAGCAAUAAAAUGAUGAGUACAUAUGGGUACAAUAUAAUGACAUAUUUUCAAAUUAAAAGCAGAAAAUGCAACCCUGAUAAGACAAACUGUAUUAAGAUGCAUUUUGGAGGUGCAUUUUGAUUGGAGAGAACACUGAAAUGUCAGUCCUCCUUGGCAUUGUCAUGUUGUUUUGUGCACUGUUGUGAUUUUAUUUGAUUGAGGUAGAAAGUAUUGAAAAAUGAGGUCAAGCGUUGACUGUUGAUUUGUAUGAGAAGUAGGAUGAAGAGAAUGUCCCACAGAUGGAAUUGAACAGCCAGUUGGAGUAUGUUCCACAGGAUGUCCUAGCAUACACUGUUUUGGUUUGCUGUAAUACUCUACUAUACUCAACUAUUCACAUCUAGCUGUUGAGUCAACGGUUGUAUCAUGUUUAUAUUGCAUGAUAGAUUUGUAAAUGUAUUUUUUAUACUACACUGAACAAAAACAUAAAUGCAACAUGCAACUAUUUCAGUUCAUAUAAGGAAAUCAGUCAAUUGAAAUAAAUUCAUUAGGCCCUAACUAACUGACUGGGAAUACAGAUAUGCAUCUGUUGGUCACAGAUACCUUAUUUUUUUAAAGGUAGGGGUGUGGAUCAGAACACCAGUCAGUGUCUGGUGUGACCACCUCAUGCAGCGCGACACAUGUCCUUCGCGUAGAGUUGAACAGGCUGUUGAUUAUGACUUGUGAAAUUGCUGGAUAUUUGGUGGGAACUGGAACACGCUGCCGUAGAUGUCGAUCCAGAGCAUCCCACACAUGUUCAAUGGGUGUCAUGUCUGGUGAGUAUGCAGGCAAUGGAAGAACUGGGAUAUGUUCAGCUUCCGGGAAUUGUGUACGGAUCCUGGCGAUAUGGGGCCGUGUAUUCUCAUGCUGAAACAUAAGGUGAUGAAUGGCAUGACAAUGGGCCUCAGGAUCUCGUCACGGUAUCUCUGUGCAUUCAAAUUGCCAUCGAUAAAAUGCAAUAGUGUUCAUUGUCCGUAGCUUAUGCCUGUCUGUAUCAUAACCCCACCGCCACCAUGGGGCACUCUGUUCACAACAUUGACAUCAGCAAAUCGCUCGCCCACACAACACCAUUCACGUGGCCUGCGGUUGCGGGGCCGGUUGGACGUACUGCCAAAUUCUCUAAAACAACGUUGGAGGCGAUUUAUGGUAGAGAAAUGAACAUGAAAUUAUCUGGCAACAGCUCUGGUGGACAUUCCUGCAGUCAGCAUGCCAAUGCACACUCCAACGUUUUUUAAUUUGACAUCUGUGGCAUUGUGUUAUGUGACAAAACUGCACAUUUUAGUGGCCUUUCACUGUCCCCUUGCACAAGGAGCACUUGUGUAAUGAUCAUGCUGUUUAAUCAGAUUCUUGAUAUGCCACACCUGUGAGAUGGAUGGAUUAUUUUGGCAAAGGAGAAAUGCUCACUAACAGGGAUGUAAACAAAUUUGUGCACAUUUGAGAGAAAUAAGCUUUUGUGCUUAUGGGACGUUUCUGGGAGCUUUUAUUUCAGCUCAUGAAACAUGGGACCAACACUUUACAUGUUGCAUUUAUAUUUUUGUUCAGUGUAUAUUACAUUGAUAGCAGACUAGAUGUCAGUAUUACUCAAGCAAAUGCAAUUGUCAUAGUGAAAUAGAAGGUAAAAAAUGUAAAGGAUAACAAUAGCGAGAGUUUAAUUGCAUUUGAUAUCUAGUUUGUAAGAUAUAACUUGCUUAUCUCUUGUUCAUGUGCCUAACCCAAAUGUAUAUGGUUGUAGCAUCACCACCAAUAGAUUGUUCUAAUAUUACCAGCUCUGUAUUUGUAAGCCUUAAUAUGCGUAGAUACAAAUCAACAUAGAGAGAAAUGUUUGUCGUCAUGUUCAAUGCGCACUGAAGUCUUGUCUAUAUACCUGUUAGUCGGAAUACCCUACUGUAAAACAUUUUUUUUCAAUUUCUUUAAUGCAUUUUGUAUUGGGGCACAAAUGCAUUCAGUACCACCAUCCUUUUGAGAGGAAAUACACCAGUAGUGCUUGUCACAUGUUCUAAUUCAUACCCAGCAGUGAAUUUAGUGUAUGUAAAUGUCUAUCGUUUUUCAAAAUUAAAUCUAAACUUUAA